UUCUGCCAACCCAGAUCGAUUAGUCUACACAAAAUGGCAAAGAGAAAGGCGGAAGAGCCUCAGGCAGAAAAGCCUACUAAAAAAGCAUCCAAAACUGAACAAAAUAAUCGCUUGUCCAAUCAAUACACCUUGUGCAUUCCCUCCGCUGUAAUCUCUCCAGCCAACGCCUACAGCUUGGAACAAGCCACGUUCAUUGCCUACCAGAUCGCCAAGACGUGUUGCACUUACGACGUGGGCGAAAUUGUGAUUUUGGAUGUGACGGAACCGGAACCAAACGUCGCGUCGGUCAAGGUUACCUCUGGCGCAGAAGAGGCGGUCAUCAUGGAUAACGGUAAGAAGAAGAUCAAGUUCAACUUCGAUGAUGAUUUUGCCGAUACCUCUAAAGACAAAGCGGCUGCUAAAAGGGCAGUGGCGGCUGCAAGCACCAUCUCAAACGAAUCGUUGCUUUUUGCGACCUUGUUGCAGUACUUCAUUACCCCGACCUACCUCGCGAAGUCCCUCUUCACCGGCAACCCUACGACUAAGAAGUUGUAUCCGAUGUUACAACAUGCGUUAAAAUUGCCUAAAAUCUCCACCUUGCCAUUUAUGCAGAACAAUGAGGUGUACAAGAACUUCAAGGAGGGGUUGACCAUCCCCCAUCGACGCGUAAUGGGUAAGAAGAACAGGUCGAAGAAGAUGGCCAAGACAAAGUACGUCAACAUCGGUGAAAGCGAGCCAUUGGAGUUGGCUGAGGGGCAGGAGGUUCCAGUAAAUGUCAGAGUUACCGUGGACCUCUUGAACAAGAAGAUUGUGUCGCCAAUUGACGCGUACGGUAUUCCGCAAACCGCCAGCGUGAAGACCUCCUUUGGAUAUAUGGUGAGAAUCGCCAAAAAGUUCAGCGAUAUUUUCACCGAGUGCGGGUACGGCGAAAAGGGCUACGACCGCUCUAUCUACAUCUCUGCCGGGGAUUAUUUCAUGAAUAAGGGGCAGGGCAGACAGUUGGCUGAGAUCAAGGAGGUGGGCACCGGCACGGACGAUGCACAGCGCGUGCUCUUGCUCUGUGGAAAAUGGAGCGACUUUGACGCAAGCUUUGCGCGUGACCGCGCCUCCUUGGAGGGCGUUGCGUCCACUGCGCAGAUGUUCGAAGGUGAGAUGCGCGUGCCGCACGGCGUGAAGAUUGAGGACGGUGCCUUGAUCGCGCUAGCCAAGUUACACAACUAAUACCAAUGUAGUAUACGUAUAUUAGCAAUAUCGAAAAGAUGUAGGAGAUAUAUAUGUGGU